AUGUCGGGCCCAGCUGUGGGUGAGGAGGAGCUGCCAGUAAGCCACACAGGUCCCAAGGGGGUGAUCAAUGACUGGAGGAAGUUUAAGUUGGAGAGUGUGGACCAGGAGGCCUUGCCCCCCAGCAAGCGAGAGCUGCUCCGACAGAUGUCCUCCCCGCAAAAUCCCAGGGACGAGUCUGGGGAGAGAGGAAACCGUAAGAUGAGCGCACAGGAAUACGAGCUGAUCAAGGAGGAGGAUGAGAAAUGCCUGCGCAAGUACCGCAAGCAGUGCAUGCAGGAGAUGCAUGAGCGGCUGAGCUUCGGGCCCAAGUUCGAGGGCGUGUACGAGCUGGAGAGCGGCGAGGCCUUCCUGGAGGUGAUCGAGAAGGAGCACCGCCUCACGCUGGUGGUGGUGCACAUCUACGAGGACUCGGUGAAGGGCUGCGAAGCCCUCAACAACUGCUUCACCUGCCUGGCGGCGGAGUACCCCACCGUCAAGUUCUGCAAGAUCAAGGCCUCCUGCACCGGCGCGGGCGACCGCUUCUCAGACGAUGUGCUGCCCACCUUGCUGGUGUACAAAGCCGGGGAGCUUCUGGGUAACUUCCUGUGCGUCACUCAGCACCUAAACGAAGAGUUCUUCGCCGUGGAUGUGGAGGCGUUCCUGAACGAGUAUGGCCUGCUGCCCGAGAAGGAUUUCAAUCCUGGUGGCACCGAGGAGGAUGAGGCUGACGUGGAGUGA